AGUAUAACUUUAUGGGAAGAGCACAUUUGGUUGUGCCCUGGUACCACUAGAAAAAGUUGUUUAGCAAUUUUUAAAAAACGUUGUGUAGUUUUGCAAAUUUUGGGCAUUACAAUUCCCAAUCACUUCUUCAAUCAAUUUCUGGAAUCUUUGAAAACUUUGUUUAAAUGGCAUUUGAACAAAGUCUGAGGCGGCCUGUGGCGGCCACAAUCCGAAUGAUUGUCCCAGCGGGAGGAGCAAAGCCUGCGCCCCCAGUCGGCCCUGCACUUGGCCAGUACCGCCUCAACCUCAUGACCUUCUGUAAAGAUUUCAAUGCCCGCACACAGCACAUCAAGCCAGAAACUCCCAUGUCUGUCCUCCUCACUGCUUAUAAGGAUAAUACUUUUGAUUUCAUUGUCAAGUCGCCCUCGGUCACAUGGUACCUUAAAAAGGCUGCUGGAAUUCAGGCUGGAAGCGGUAAGCCCGGGCACGAGACUGUAGCCACGCUCAGCGUUAAGCAUAUUUACGAAAUCGCAAAGAUCAAGCAGACUGAUCCUAAUUGUCAGACUAUGCCGCUGGAGUCCAUCUGUAAGUCCAUUAUUAGUACGGCUAGGACCAUGGGGAUUAAAGUUUUGAAAGAAUUAGAUUAGGAUUUUCUUUUUUGAAAUAUUUUAAUGUAAUGUGGUAUGUUUUUGAAGAAAUAUAUAUUUCAAAGCCGAAAGGGGCCCCAAUUUAUUGGAUAGAUUAUGUCAUGCCUGAUGGAAUGCGGUCUUUUAUGUGGAUUGUAAUUCAACAUUUCUUCGCAGACAAUUCGGUUCAAUCAUACAUUCUUUUUGAUAGUUCUUUUCUGGAUAGGGUUUUGUUCUUUCAAUUAUUUGUUAAAUUGUAAUCGAAGUGUGCAUCAAUGAGAUAUUAAUUUGCGAAUGGCACGAAAUAGAUUGCAAUUUGUGUUUA